UUGCUGUCACGUAUCAUCUUUUUGUUGGUUUUUGUUGGUUUUUUGUUGUAACUUUUUUUUUAAUGGCCGAAGAACUUACAGAUGAGCAGCUUAUAGAAAUAAAGGAAGCACAUGCCGCAUUCGAUAAGUACGGCGACGGUUGGAUUUCGAGACAUAAUUUAGAGAAAGCUAUGUAUAAGCUAGGGCUCGUUCCAACCGAAGCUGAAGUCCUGAGCAUUAUUUAUUCAAUUGAUAAGGAUGGCACUGGCCAUAUUCCACUGAAGGAGUUCAUCGAUACAGUGGCGCCAAUGUUAAAGGAUUAUCCUACCGAAGAAGUACUAAAGGAUGCGUUCAAUGUGUUUGAUAAAGAUGGAACUGGUUAUAUUACAGCUAAACAGUUGAAGGAAGUCAUGGUUAAUUUGGGUGACAUUGUUCCUGAUGAAGACAUGGAUAUUAUGAUACAUGAAGCUGACGUAGAUGGAGAUGGUAAAGUUGGUUUCGAGGACUUCGUGAUUCUGAUGAGACCGAAUAAAUAAUAACAACUUCAAGUUCAAGUUCAAAAAUUUCAUCGUAUACUUCGUGACCAAUAAAACGUUUCCAUUCACAAUAUUUCUAUAUUAACGACACAACGGUGUACUUGUCCCAGAUAAAUUUUCGAUUUGAAAAGAAACAAAUUAAGUUCAAAUUAAACAAACUAAUUGAUUUCAGUCGAAA